AAUAGUUAAUAAGUGCUAUGAUGAAUUUAAUUUCACUCCAAGGAUAUUUACUACAUGUGUUUGUGUGUAUUAGUAACUGCUAAUAAGUGGAAAUUUUCUGUCAAUGGCUGAGGCACCAGAAGUACCGGACAGUGACCUAUCAUCGGACGACUGGGACUACCGGUCCCGGUCCUCAAGUGCCGACUCUGUCCACCAGUCCAUGAUAUUCACGGCCCGACAGGUGUCGUGCGACUCGGACUCGUCGAGUCUGGACCUGUCUUACCUGAAUCUGGACUCGAGCUCAUUGGGCGCCAAUGUAUCCCAAUUCAACUCGACCUCAUUGGCCACAAUCAACUUAAGCGGCAAU